AUGGCCUCGCGUGCCAUACUCCGCCAGUUUGGCUCCUGGAGCAAUGCAUCACUCCUCGAAACCAAGCCGAGGUUGGUGAUGAACUUUAGCUGGGGAGCGGUGUCCAGCGGAGCAUCAGACCUUCAUUGCACACCUCUGCAGAGAAGAGGCUUCCAAUCUGAUUGUUACCUGGUGGCGACUUCGUCCAUCAAGAUGGACUCUCGCACAAGGUGGCUCGUCGUUGCCGUUCUUCACUCUGGCAUCUUCACGGGAAGUACUGUCGAAGUAGAGAACGAGGUUGAUCAGAAGGUGGCUUCUUUCGAGAAGUCGACCAUUGAAAGCCUGGAAGAGGGCCGUGCGAGGGGCCUGUACGUGCUGCUUGUGAUGACUCUCCUCAGUGUCGCGACGUCUCUGCUGGUGGGCCGCAUGGUGGCUGGACCCCUCAGACAUUUGACGGACCUCAUGGACAAGCUUAGCGAGCUGGACUUUGAGCCUGAAAAUGCCGUGAGCCGCGGUGCGAGGCGCUCUUGCAUCCAAGACGUAGCUGAACUGGAAAUCGCGUUCGGCCGCCUGGCGCGUGGCAUCGGGAUGUUUGCGCGCUUCGUCCCACAAACGGUGGUCCGCAACAUCGUGAGCCAGGGCGAUGACUUUGCGACCCGUCUGAAGGUCGACCGACGAGUCGUCACUGUUAUGUGCACGGACAUCGCUGGGUUCACGAGCAUCACUGAACUCUUGGUGCUGCGAGAUCUCUACUUCAUACUCACUCGCUACUUCUCAGUGAUGAUGAGCGUGGUAGAGAUCUACCAAGGAGUCGUCUCCGAGAUCUUAGGGGACGGGCUUAUCGUCUUGUGGAACGCGCCCGACCAUGUUGCCGAUCACGCGACCGCCGCCUGCGCUGCGGCUCUGACGCAACAACAGGCACUUUGCCACGUGAACGAUGAACUGAAGGUACUGGAAUUGACGCCUUUGUCCAUCCGAAUUGGCAUACACACUGGGUCAUCACUCCUGGGCAACAUUGGCAGCAUGACGAAGAUGAAGUAUGGCUGUCUUGGUGAGACCAAGCAGCUCGCAAUUCGGUUGGAGGAGCAUUGCAAAUACUACGAGGUUGACGUCAUCUGCUCUUCCGACACCAAGAACGCCAUUCCCCCCGGCAAGUUCUUCAUGCGCUGGUUGGGCAAGGUGAAGGUGCGCAGUGAUGACGAAGAGAUGGUUGGAGUUCACGAGGUAAUCAGCAGCAGCCUCGGCCAGCAGCCACGAACGGUGCAUGGAGCAGACACGAACACAUCUCACCUUGGAGGCCUGGCCUUUCAAUACAGCGGCUUCCGUCGAUUCGUCCUGAACGCAGGGAUCCACAAAGGCUCCUGCAUCAGCGUUGUUGGCCAAGACUCUUACUUCAAAGGGGGAGAGCGUAACUGGGAGCUCCCGGAGGCCAUUGACCACUCGUGGGUUUUGCAAACUCUCCGAGAUGAGCGCAGCGACCGUUUGUCAAACCUCAUCAUCUUCGAAGGUUUCAAAGCCUAUUGGGACGAAGAAGUUGUCAGGGAAUUGGAUCUCAUCUUGUGGAUCCGCGUGAAGGAGGAGACUUCGAAAAAGCGACGAAUGAGGAACAAAUCUGUCACGCACGAGGUGUGGAAUGACAUGUGGCACCACCAUGGCAAUUAUGAAAAGCACUGGCUAAAACUAUUGAAGAAGCAUGUGGUUUGUGAUUACGAUGCAGGCUGUGCGGCACCAAAAGAGGAGGAGAAAUGCGUGACUUUGGACGGAGAGCAACCUGCCGAAACAGUGCUGAAGCAGGCGCUCGAUGUCCUGUUAAAGCGCGGCAUUUUGAGAGAAGACACCGACGAGACCGACUCGAAUGAGCCGAUGCGGGCGGGUGCAUCCAGGUCCAGAAGCCGGUCACGAGGGCGCCAGCCCAAUGCGAGCUCGCCGCUGGACGCACACGAGCGCUGCGCGAACCCCGCCUGCUGGUUUCGAGCUUCCCAGGAAGCAGGCGGCGGUGGCUAUUGCUGCAGAAAGUGCCACUGGCGCCAUGCAACUGGCUUCAAAUCUGGGAAGGCGCACAACAAGGAGUGUGCGAAGAUCGAAGCGUCUUGGACCGCACCGCUGGCGGCAGCAGUGGCUCCAGCUGAGGACUAUGUCAGCCAGCAGGCUCGCAUGAUGGAUACCACAGCCGGGGAUGUUGCUCUAUCGCAGCAGGCCAUCCCGACCGAAGAUCACACAUCAGUGGGCACAGGUGUGUCUGUGUCGGUCCCGGUGGCUGAUAGCAUGACCGGCAUCAGCAUCCACUUCCAGCGGAAGUUGUGCUGCGCAAACCCCAACUGUCCCUUCCUCGCAAGCUCAGACCCGCUGCAGGGCGGCUACUGCUGCAGCAAGUGCUACUGGCGAGCUCUGACUCCGAAAAGCUCCAAAGGAGCCAAACGCCACAAUGCAGGCUGUGCCAGAGCCUAUCCAGAGACUCCCGGCACAGCCCGGGCACCUCCCGAUCCACCUGAAGAGGCAAAACUCUACGGCCCAUCGCCUGGAGGAGACGAGUCAGUUGGGAUCGCAGAGGCUGCUGCAAGCUCUGUUGCCGCCCAAGCGACGGACUCGACAUCCUGA